AUGCACUCAUAUUUAUAUCAAACACAAUGUUUGCUGAAAUUUGUUGCCAUCAAGCAAAUAAGCAAACGAAAGAAUGAAAGCACUCUUCAGAUUCCUGGAUACCCCAAACCACUUAUUACAGAAGUGGCGCUGUUGCUUAAAUUAGGAGAUGCGCCCUCAUGCACCAAUGUCAUACAGAUGUAUGACUGGUACGAGACUAAAUACUUUUACACGCUCGUGUUGGAGUACCCACUGCACAGCGAAUCCUUGUUGCUAUUUGUUCUUCGUGACGUAAAACUAAGUGAAAAUACAGCAAGACAUCUCAUGCGUCAGGCGGUACUGGCUGUGCAACACUGUCUGGAUUGUGGAGUUUUCCACACCGACAUCCAUCCCGGAAACUUCUUGGUACAAAAGUCAACAAUGACCCUGAAGUUAAUUGACUUUGGGGUUGGAUAUUAUCUGACGCAUGAGGCAUAUGAUUCCUAUUACUUUAUGGGAGCUCCAUGUUGCACCCCUAUUGAGAUCGAAACGGCUAAGAAAUUCCACGCCGUGCCAGCAAACGUCUGGGCCUUAGGUUCUGUGCUGUACUUCAUGGUGCUUGGAUCUUUCCCCAGUCCUUUAAACGAGUUUAAUUCCAGGAAUCUGAAGACAAUUGAGAAGGAUUUAUCAAAGGAAAUCUGUGAUCUGUUAAGUGGUUGCCUGGCCCUGAAUCCAAGUGAUCGUCCGACGCUCAAGCAGAUCUUAGAUCAUGACUGGUUUAAAACUGAGUCUGAUGAAGAAGAGCUACUCGUAUACAAAAUGAGGGCACUAUCCACACAAAUAUAAAAAGGUUGAAGCUGAAUGACUGAAGGAGAG